AUGGAAGACUUGGCUCUCCGAGCAGCCCCACAGCCAGUGGAUGGUGUUGACCCUGGCCGUAAUGUGCCGUUUCCCGCCUCUUCCCCCGUCUUUCCCCCUCUGACUACUCUCGUUUCCCUUUCCCUCUUCCCCGCUCUAUCCUCCACUGCCAUCUCCAGCUGCCCAGGAUCCCCCCUCGCUGCGCACUCUCUCCCUUGCUCCCCCCCUUCCCCUCACUCUCCCUACUCCCUUCCCCACCUCUCCCUGCUUCGCUCCUUCUGUCCGCGUGUUGAUCUCCGUCUCCGUCAUCACUGCCCCUCAGCAUCAUUCUUCAAGAGCAUGGCACAGUGCGCUCUUGCCUACCCCCCUCUCUUCCCUCUUCUCCCCCGUCUACCCAAGCUCCUCUCUGCCGGCCGUUCCUCGUCCUCCUCCCCCUCACCACCUGUGUGCCACGCUGGGCGUGUUGUCUCUGCCACUGACUCUGUCUCCAUGCUGCAGGUAUGCUGGGGGAACAGUGCGGGGGUGGUGGGGUUGGGGGGAGAUUCAGGGGAGAGUGGGGUCAGCCCAUCCACUCAAUCAGCAGCUCGCUCCACUACCACCCCUCCACCCACCCAUUCCCUUCCCCAGCUGCCACACUUGCUCUCUCCCACCAUCCCGCACUCGCCUCCCCUAUUUCGCCCCCUUCUUAUUCCGAGUGGAAACAUUUUGCUGCCUUUCAAGAACCUUCUCCACGCUCCUUGCGCUAUGAUUGCUGCCCCCUCCUCCUCCCCUCCUCUCCCUGUUAACCCAAUCUCACCCCCCUCCUCCACCAACAUCCCUCAUCUCCUGCUCGCCAUCGGGCUCGAAGAGGAGGAAUAG